AUGAAAUUUACUCUAUUCUCUGGCACACCGGGUCAAUCACCUCUUCCAGAGAACCCAGAAUCCGAGCCCUUUGAACUCGUCGCUAUUCCCGGCCCCGACAUUUGGAGAACUCCCUCUUGCGCUGGAGGCCGCGAUGACUUCACCGGACCAAUCUACGCAACCCCCCUUCCCCUAGCCUCAUUCAAAAGCGCAAAAGUCACAAUCUCCUCAGACUUUCCCGGGAACUACUCCCAAGGCGGUCUUAUUCUCUUCAUGCCCGAAAGCAUCCCAAUCACUCAAACCGGCCUUGAGGAAUCACCACGGACAUGGAUCAAAACUGGUAUCGAGAGGGUCGACGGUGAAUUCUUUGCUUCCGUCGCUGCUGCGAAACCAUACUCGGACUGGAGUUUGGUUAGGCUGGAGGAUAGUUGUGCGACGUUUGAGAUGGAGAAGGUAAAGGGGUCGCUUUGGAUUUAUGUUACGGGGAGGGAUGGGAGGAGGACGCCUGUGAGGAAGUUGACUUGGGUUGUAGAUGUUUCUCCGCAGAAUGAUAUCUGGAUUGGUGUUGCGGCUUGUAUGCCCAAGGGUGAUGAGAGUGAGAGCGGCGGAAUGUUGAAAGUGCAGUUUCGAGACUUCUCUAUUACAACUCAAUAG